AGCUUCACGAGGAGCAGAGAAACAAAGUUAAAAUUAAUUAAUUAAUAAAAAGUCCAGCAUAGAGAGCUUCUUCCAGCGCGAGCGAUGGACCAUCUGGAGCGGCCGAAAGACGAGGACCAGGAUGACUGUCACCAUGACAACAGUGACGGCACCAACAACAAUAACAACAACAACCGCCGCAAAAUGGUAUGCCCCGCAGCAGGUGAACACCCCCUCCAAUUUAACUACAGCUUCUGGUUCAGCAGAAGAACUCCCAGCAGACCGUCGAGCUCCCAGAGCUACGAGCAGAACGUCAGACACAUUGGGAGUGUGUCCUCGGUGGAGCAGUUCUGGAGAUUCUACUCUCACCUGGUCCGACCCGGAGAUCUCAGCGGACACAGUGACUUCCACCUGUUCAAGGAGGGCAUCAAACCAAUGUGGGAGGACGAAUGUAACCGCAGGGGAGGGAAGUGGAUAAUCCGGCUGAGGAAGGGUCUGGCGAGUCGGUUCUGGGAGAACAUUGUUCUGGCCAUGGUGGGGGAGCAGUUCAUGGUCGGGGAGGAGAUAUGUGGGGCCGUGGUGUCCAUACGCUUCCAGGAGGACAUCCUGUCUAUCUGGAACAGGACUUCUAACGAUAUAACGACCACGUCAAGGAUCAGAGACACUCUGAGGAGAGUCCUGAACCUGCCCACCAAUACCAUCAUGGAGUACAAGACGCACAACGACAGCCUGAGGUGCACGUGAUACCAACCUUUCGUUGAAUUUCGCCAGCCGUCUUCUCUGCACUAAGGCACAGCUUUCACGCUUCCAGGGAUGAUAUCGCUGAUGGAGACAUGUGGUGUGCACGGAGGGGAGGGGCUGUGUGUGCAGGCUAUGUGAGAGAGACGCGUGACUGACAGAGAGACGGAGGGAGAGCAGGGAAAGGAAAUGCAGCUUAACGAAUACGAUGCGUAUUUUUUAAAUAGCGUUAAAAAAAAUAAGAAUAACGAAACGCAAUGUGUGGAGGCCGGUGAUGAGUCUGUGUGUGGGAAA